UGCAUUGGGGUCAAAGUUGACGAAUGGUUACUAUGGCGGUGUCGGCAGUUGUUUGCAGGCCGCUUGUUUUACGGAGGAGUGUCGGCACUUUACUCAUUGGUAGCCUGGGCAGGUACAGCUUAGGAGUUGGAAGUGGGUCUGUUGCACACGAGAGCCGAGGCUGGAAGACGGGCUCUGUAGGAUCGCCUGGAACGAGGUGUUACAGUGGAAAUGCAACGGGACCGGAGCUGCGGGUGCAUCACCUGGAGGCGGAAUCGACAGGAAUUGUUGUACUUGGAAUAAAUAGACCACAGUCCAAAAAUGCAAUCAGCAGAAAACUUGUGGACAUGAUGGCAGCAGCAAUAGAAGAAGUGAAACACGAUAAUAAUGUUCGAACUGUUAUAUUGCGCAGUGAGGUACCAGGCAUAUUUUGUGCAGGUGCUGAUUUGAAGGAGAGAGCAAAAAUGCAGCCUAGUGAAGUUGGUCCAUUUGUUUCCAAAACCAGAAGUUUAAUUAAUGAAUUUGGUAAUCUUCCAAUGCCCACAAUUGCUGUACUUGAUGGAGCUGCCUUAGGAGGAGGUCUAGAAAUAGCUCUCGCCUGUGACAUUCGUGUGGCUGCCUCCUCUGCAAAAUUGGGACUUGUUGAGACCAAAUUGGCAAUUAUUCCCGGUGCAGGUGGUACUCAACGCCUCCCUCGUAUUGUAGGAGUAUCCACGGCAAAGGAACUUAUCUUUUCUGGACGAGUUGUUGACGGUACUGAAGCAAAAGCAAUUGGUCUGGUUAGUCAUGUUGUGGAGCAAAAUGAAGAAGGAGACGCAGCCUAUCACAGAGCAUUAUCACUAGCAAAAGAAUUUUUACCUCAGGGACCUAUUGCAGUGAGAUUAGCAAAACUGGCCAUCAACCGCGGGGUAGAGGUUGAUUUGAAAACAGGCUUAGAAAUAGAAGAAGCUUGUUAUGCUCAGGUAAUUCCAACGAAGGACAGAAUUGAAGGACUUAAUGCUUUCAAAGAAAAACGACUGCCCCGCUACACUGGAGAAUAAAAAGACAUAUCGUAAGCAGCACGUUGGAUGAAAAAAAAAUCAUGUUGUUUUCUAUCUGGGGUGUGCACAUUUUGCGUAAAGUAAUACUACUCAAGAGCCAUAAUUGUAUUAUUUAGGAAAGGGACAUUAAGCAUUGCUGUUAUAUAAGAAUCUUUGGAUUCAUAUUUAACCUAUUUUAUGAUACAUAAAUAUUGUAGCUGAGAUCUAUUUCUCCUUAUGAUUCAGAAUAAGUUUGAAGCAGUUACUAAUGCCAGAAAUAUAAGAUUAGGAUCUGGCCCAUUUAUCACCUCAAACCUGUACCACCACUCUGUAGGAUCAAGAGUGAUUUGUAUUCUGAUCCCAUCUAAAUUGUUUUGAUUAUAUUUACACCAUGUUUUGAACAGAGGCAUAAAAGAUUAAUUUCAACCCAUUUGUCACUGUUGCGCCUUGGAUAUAGCUUUGUUAAAAUGUUAAUCAUGUUAUAUAAGUUAGCACUGACCCCAAAAAUAUAAAUAUCCCCUUAGAAUUUGUAUGCUGUGGAUGAAGAUCAAACUGAAAUGUCCAAAAAAAACUUUUUACAAUUUAAAAAUAGAGCAUAAGGCAAUCAGUUUUCAGUAUUGAUGGGAAGAGUGUGAUUUUGUACAAAAUGUGUUAUCAAAUAAAUGAAUUUUAUGCAAACUACAGUAUUUGUUCUAUUGC